AUGGCUACCAGAGAGGAGCUCCGGGUGAUCAGCUGGGGCGAUGGCGAGGAUAAGAAGUCUGGCACCCCGGAAGCGCCAGCGUCCAUCCUCUUGUGGUGCAUGGCCCAGACGGAGAGAGGGGGCAAUAUCACAGCAAUGCAAUGGCAAGCCAGGAAAGCGGGAAAUGCAGUUGAUGUUUCCAACGGGUUGCAUCUGGCCAAUGCUUGCCGUCUAGGAAGCGCCAGCAUCGGCGCCAGGCCGGGGUGCAUCGCCAAUGAGGCGGCAGAAGUAGCCGUUUGGCUGACGGCCGUCACACGCUAG